CUGGGAUCGGGAUUAGGACCGGGAUUGAGAUCGGGGAUCGAGGGAAGCUCCGCCGAGGACUCCAAAGCCACCUCAGAGCGAACCUCCCUCUCCCUCCAGUGCCAGCCAAUGGGAAGGCAGGAAAUAAUGAUUGACAGCGAAGUGAGCCAAUGGGAAGACGUAUCUCAAAAACGCCCGCCCGUCUCGCCUUGAACCAAUGAAAAUUUAAUGAAACAUUGACGGACAGCAGAAGUAGCUAAUUGAAAGAAAGGAAUCCGCCCCUAUGGCGGGUUUUGCCAGCUGAUUGGUUGUCACAACGAGGAAACACGGAAGUGAAGCUUCCGUACGGUCUGGGGGCAGUCGGGGGCUGCGGGCGGCUCUCCAAUACCCCACAGCCCCCUCAAUGGAUUCCCUCCUCUUCCUCUGCGCCCGCCGCGUCGUCGCCCAGCGCCCUCUUCCCGCCCUUCCCGCCGAUCUCCACCCCGUCCUCUUCCAAGCGGCGUUCCUGGACGGCAGACCCCUGGUGCUGCGGGAUUUGGUGGCCGCUUGGCCUUUCCCGGUGCUCAACUUCCAGCGGCUGGUGGGGCGCCGGGAGCUGCUGCGGGACCAUCCCUGCAAGCUCUGCGUCCAGGCCGUCAUCCUGGCCGUGGUGGCGCAGCUCCGGCGGCAGCUGGAGGAGCCCGGACACGACGCCAGCCUACGCGUGCUGGACAUCACCGGACUCCCAGCCUCGGCGUCCGGCCGCGCUCCGGACGGGAUGAGCGUCUGGUCGGGCACGGUGGCUUUGGCCAAGGCUUGCGUGGAGGUGUCCAAGCACCAGCGGGAAUUCCAGAGGCGCGGAUCCAAGCGGCACAAAGGUCGCUCCGGAGCCGCCACGGCCGCGGCCGCUCCGCAGCCCCCGGGCGUGGACGUCCACGCCGACCUGUUCGUCAACGGAACGUCCUACGGGAUCCUGCGCGACGCGCUCCAGACCGGAGCCACCGGCCCGCUGCGCCUCAAGUGCCGCGAGUUCCAGGCCGAGGAGCUCUCGGCCUCCGGGAUCGUGGCUCUGCUGGAAUCCUUGGAUCCGUCCUUCGUGCGGAGGGUGGAUCUGAGGUUCAACAAUUUGGGAUUGACGGGGCUCUCGGUGAUCCUGCCGCACCUCUCGCGCUUCCCGGGGCUGCGCAGCCUCAAGCUCCAGUACAGCAACGUGGACGUGCGGCGCCCGACGCCGGAAUCGGCCAUCGGGAUCCGGUGCCUGGCCGGGCAGCUGGGAAUGCUGCCCAGCCUCCGCGAGCUCAACCUGGGAUCCUCCCGGCUCUCCGGGAAUCUGCGCCAGAUCCUCUGCGACCUCCAGGCUCCGUUGGAAAGCUUGGAAUUGGCCUUCUGCUCCCUGGUUCCCGCCGACCUGGCCUUCCUCUCCCAAAGCUUCCACGCUCCGGCCCUCAAAAGGUUGGAUCUCAGCGGCCACGACUUCUCCCAGGGCCUCCUGGAGCCGCUGCGGCUGCUCCUGGAGGAAACCUCGGCCUCGCUGCUGCACCUGGAUCUCAUGGAAUGCCGCAUGGCCGACUCCCACCUGGACGCGCUGCUGCCGACGCUGCGGCGCUGCUCCCGCCUGCGCUUCCUGGGACUCUACGGCAAUUCCCUGUCCACGGCCGCGCUCAAGGAUCUGCUCCAGAAAACCUUGGAGCUGCCCGACCUCCACCUGGUGGUCUAUCCCUUCCCCGUGGAUUGCUACAAGCCGCAGCCGCCGGCGGAAUCCGCUUGGAAUUUUGAGGAACCGGUGGACGAGGAACUUCUGGCGGCGGCCGACGCGGAGUUUUCCCAAAUGUUGGCGAAUUCCGGGAGAACCGACCUUGUCUGGACUUCCAACCCCUACGGCCAUGGGACCUUGGACUUCUUCUCCUUGUGAUUUGGGAGAAGCUCGGAGCCUCCAUCCCAAAAUCCGGGCGUUUCCCGCCUCCUCCCGCUGCUUUUUUUCCUUUAUUUUGGUGCUUUUCUGCCCGGUUUGUAUAUUUUCCUGGUUUUUAUAUUUUCCUGGUUUUUAUAUUUUCCCGGUUUUUAUAUUUUCCCGCCUCCUCCUGAUGUUUUGGGUCUUAUUUUAGGAUUUUUUCCCCCUCAUCCCGAGAUUUUUCCGUCCGGUUUUGGUGUUUUCCCCACUCCGACCCCAAAGAUUUUCCCGGAAUUUUUAUUGCCACGUCCAGAAGGGAAAAGCCCCUGGAUGCCCUGAAUUCCUGUGGGACGUUAAGUAAUUAUGAAAUAAAUAUUAAUUAAUUGUUCA